AUGGCCGUGUCCUCGUCGCCUUCCUGCAGACCCACUCCCGGGUUUGAGGCGUCCCUCUCCCUCCUCCUCCGCCGCCGCCGCUCUUUCCGGUUGCGUUUGGGAGAAAUGGUUGCGGAGUUGGUGGAUUCUCAUUCUCCGCUGGGGAUAUUUGUCUCCACAUGGAAUGUUGGAGGAAAAGCGCCUACUGCCGAGUUGAAACUGGAUGACUUUCUUCCUGCUGAUGACAAUUCAGAUAUUUAUGUUUUAGGUUUUCAGGAAAUUGUGCCUCUUAAUGCUGGUAAUGUCCUUGUGAUAGAAGAUAACGAACCAGCUGCAAGAUGGCUUGCUCUUAUAAAUCGUGCGCUAAAUCAACCAGCUGACACUGAUGCUGAUAUAUUUCAGCACAGACCGUCUCCCUCCCUGGAUUCAACCUCAUCCCAGUCAACACCAGGCCUUGAUGGUCCGUUCUCCAACCGUUCAAGAACAGCCAGUGGUUCUAUAAUCUUCCAAAAGUCCUUGAAAUCCAUCAGGAAAUCUUACAUGCCAUCCCAGAGAAAACAGCUCAAAUUCUGCAAUUGCCCAGUGGAAAUGGCCAAGAAAUCCUACAAAGAUGCUUGCUUUCGAUGCCCACGGCUACAAGCAUAUGCCAAUGAAAUGGACUCUUCAGAAGAGGAUGAAUUGGAAGACAAAUUGAAUGAUAUAUUUGGCCUUAAUGAUGAUGGUGUUACUUCGUCUGCUUCUGCCUCCAGGGACCAGCUAAAGUAUAACCUCAUAUCUUGCAAACAAAUGGUUGGUAUUUUUGUCACAGUCUGGGCAAAGAAAGAACUAGUGCAGCAUAUAGGACAUUUGAGAACGUCCUGUGUUGGUCGUGGAAUAAUGGGAUAUCUUGGAAACAAGGGAUGUAUAUCAGUAAGCAUGACACUGUACCAGACAAGCUUUUGUUUCAUCUGCAGCCAUUUGGCUUCAGGUGAGAAGGAAGGCGAUGAAUUGAGGCGGAAUUUAGAUGUGUUAGAGAUUCUAAGGCUCACACAAUUUCGAAGGAUUUGCAGAAGAGCUGGGCGAAGAAUCCCUGAGAAAAUUCUUGACCAUGAGCGGGUAAUAUGGUUAGGAGACCUGAACUACCGAAUUUCCUUGAGCUAUGAAGAUACCAAAAAACUUCUGACUGAAAAUAACUGGGAUGCCCUUUUUGAAAAGGAUCAGCUCAAUAUUCAGCGUGCGUCUGGAAGUGUGUUCAAGGGGUGGAGUGAGGAGAAGAUAUAUUUUGCUCCCACAUACAAGUACUCUUGCAACUCAGAUUCUUAUGCUGGAGAGACUGCCACAUCAAAGAAAAAGAGGAGAACCCCAGCCUGGUGUGAUAGAAUACUAUGGCAUGGAGAUGGUAUUGCACAGUUAUCGUACUUCCGGGGGGAAUCUCAAUUCUCUGACCAUCGUCCUGUUUGUGGAACAUUUAUUGUUGAGGCUGAAAGGCUAGAUGGCAAAUCAAAGCGGCGUUCAUCAAAUACUAACAUUAGAAUCGGUGCUGAAGAGCUGUUACCGACAAGCGACAAGCAUAACUAA